GUUGUUGGAUCGGCAAUUAGCGCAGUCCUCGAAAUCAAAUCGAAUCGAGCCAUCCCAAAUGCCGUCCUCCUCCAACACCUCCAUCCCCCUCCUCCUCCGCCCUUAAUGUCGCGGGAUUCCGCUGCUCUCCGCCGCGGGAACGCCUCGCCUCCCCUCAGCGCCACCGCCGAAGGUCGCCGGGGCCCGCCUCCUGCCCGUGGCUCCUCGAUCCCAGGCUUUUGUUAGGCGGUCUCUUCUUUCUGGGAGAUGGUGGACUCGGUGGAUGUGGUGUUGGAAUUCUUGAGGAAGAAUCGGUUCUCGAAGGCUGAAGCUGCAUUGCGGGGGGAGCUCAAUGCUCGGCCAGAUUUGAGUGGGUUCCUUCAGAAGCAUCUAGCCGAGGAGAAAGAAGAAGUGGGAAGAACCGUUGGAGAAGUUAGCAGUGUGAGUGCAGAGAGUUCGAAGGAGUUCAUUAUCAAGGAGAUUGAAGUAGGAGGGAUUGGAAAUGGAUUUGAUAGCAAGAAGGGGUUUGGCCUUGGUCAGGAUAGGGAAAGCGGUUCAGUAGAUCUGUACCCUUGGAUUUUUAGUUCAACUAGCAGUACUUCCAAUUUGGUUUUGAAGGAUACAGGCACCAUCGACAACUUUGCUGAUCUCUUGAUUUCAGAAGAACCGAAGCAUCGGCGUGGUUCUUUUGCGGUGGAGAAGAGGGAUCGUGUCUUUUGUACUGAACCUGAUCGGCCAGAAGAGCAAAGGGCUUAUGUUAUGUACAAAGAUAAAGCUGAGGUUAAAGUGAAGCCUGAAAUCGGCCAAGUUAGUGAUCAUAAGGACAACUCUGCUGACAUUCAAGACCAUUUUCUUGAUAACCUGUGGGUGAAAAGUGAGGAUCCUUUGAAGGAAUGUUCUGUGAAGACAGUUUUUCCAUUUUCCACUGAUAAUGCCUCGUCAAGUUAUGGUGGACAUGCUAAUGAAAGGACAUUAAAACUUACCGUCCAUAACGAUGACAUUAGGGAGUCAACAAAACAGCAGCCAGAUGAGAUGAGUGGGUCAUACACUUCCGGAAAGUCUCAAGACAGUGUGGAACCAAAAAGUUUUAAGAAUUUUGAUUUACCAGUUAUUGUUGAAAAUCACAGGGAAGAACUGCCAAGGCUGCCUCCUGUAAGGCUGAAGUCUGAAGACAAGUUAGUCAACAGUCUGUGGGAGGAGAAAGCUGAUCAUCAUGGAUCUGGAAUGAGGCUAUCCAAUGCCGAUAAUACCUUUAUGAUUGGAUCAUACCUUGAUGUCCCUGUUGGGCAGGAGAUCAACUCUUCAGGUGGCAGGAGAACAAUUGGAACUAAUUGGCUGUCUGUAAGUCAAGGUAUUGCUGAGGAUACUUCUGAUUUGGUAUCUGGUUUUGCUACUGUUGGUGAUGAAUCUGUUGACUACCCAAAUGAGUAUUGGGAUUCUGAUGAGUAUGACGAUGAUGACGAUGUUGGAUAUACAAGACAACCCAUUGAAGAUGAAACCUGGUUUCUGGCGCAUGAAAUUGAUUAUCCAAGUGAUAAUGAAAAAGGAACAGGUCAUGGAAGUGUGCUUGAUCACCAGAACCAGGCUCCCAGAAAGGAUGACGAUGAUCAUUCUUUUGCUGAGGAAGAUUCAUAUUUGUCAGGAGAGCAGUAUUUCCAGACAAAAAAUGUUGAACAAGUUGCCAUUUCGGAGGCACCAAUGGAUCAUAAGAUGCUAGAAAUGUAUGGCAGAACAGAUGAGAACGAUCUAAUAGCUCAUUAUGAUGGGCAGUUGAUGGAUGCAGAAGAACUAAGUUUGAUGCGUUCAGAACCUAUAUGGCAGGGUUUUGUCACACAAAAUAAUGGACUAAUAAUGCUGGAUAAUGGGAAAGGUGCGAGUGAUGUCGAACGAAGUCGUCAAGAGAAUCCUCUUACAGAAGAUGAUCAGCAUGGUUCAGUUAGGUCAGUUGGUGUGGGCAUAAGUAGUGAUGCUGCUGACAUUGGCAGUGAAGUUCGUGGAAGCUUGGUUGGAGGAAGUAGUGAAGGGGACACAGAAUUCUUUCCUGAUCAUGAUGUCAGUGCACGAGGCGCAAGGCAUUAUCCAAAUGAUUCAACUGAUAGUGAUUUGAAUAGAUCAAACAAGGAAAAGAUGAGGGAAAAUAAACAGAAUAGUAACAUCUGGGCAAAUAAAAAGGAUAUAAGCCUGUCAGGAGUGAGCACUGGGGGUGGCUUUUCCUUCCUACCUCCAUUGGGAACUGGAGGCAUGCUGGAGGCUGAUUCUGGUAAAUCAUUAUGUUCAAGCAAAGCCCACGUCGUAGUUGGUAACAUUGCUGGUGAAUAUGCAAAUGGCAUAGUAGCAGAGGAUACACUUGCCACUUGGAGGAGAAAAAGCAGUGAUUCUUCUCCCGUCAGGAGCUCCAGAGAUGAGGUGACUUCUGGUGUUGCUAGAUCAAGAAACUCCAGUGCAUCAUCAGGCUCAGACUAUGGCUACGCUGGAACAGAGAGCAUUAGUAAAGCGCACCAUGAGACAAAUGAAAUAAGGGAAGACGACCCUGGAGCAACAUUAGAAGAUGAAGUAGCGGCAUUACAGGAGCAAAUAAGACAGAUACAAACACAGGAGGACGAAUUUGAGACUUUCUAUCUUAAGAUAGUGCAUCGGAAGAACAGAACUGGUUUUGAAGAAGACAAAAAUUUUCAUGUGGUUCUGAAUUCUGUUAUAGCUGGACGGUAUCUUGUUACCGAAUACUUGGGUUCCGCUGCAUUUAGCAAAGCGAUUCAGGCACAUGACCUGCACACUGGUACAGACGUCUGUGUGAAGAUUAUUAAAAAUAACAAAGAUUUCUUUGAUCAGAGCCUUGAUGAAAUCAAGCUUUUGAAAUUUGUCAACAAGAAUGAUCCUGCUGACAAGUAUCAUAUUUUACGUUUGUAUGAUUACUUCUAUUAUCGGGAGCACUUGUUGAUAGUUUGUGAACUCCUCAAGGCCAACUUAUAUGAAUUUCAUAAGUUCAAUAGAGAAUCUGGAGGGGAGGUUUACUUUACAAUGCCCAGACUGCAGUCGAUUACUAUUCAGUGUCUGGAGGCACUUCAGUUUUUGCAUGGCCUUGGUCUUAUUCAUUGUGAUUUGAAGCCUGAGAAUAUUUUGGUAAAGAGCUACAGUCGGUGUGAAGUUAAGGUCAUUGACCUUGGUAGUAGCUGCUUUGAAACAGAUCAUUUAUGUUCUUAUGUACAGUCACGAUCUUAUCGCGCACCUGAAGUUAUUUUAGGUCUUCCAUAUGAUAAAAAAAUAGACAUAUGGUCGCUGGGAUGCAUCUUGGCUGAACUUUGCACUGGAAAUGUUCUCUUCCAAAAUGAUUCUCCUGCAACAUUGCUGGCCCGUGUGAUCGGAAUCGUUGGCCCCAUUGACCAAGGGAUGCUUGCAAAGGGAUGUGAUACACACAAAUAUUUCACAAAGAACCACAUGUUAUAUGAAAGGAAUCAGGAAACCAGUAGGUUAGAAUAUCUGAUCCCAAAGAAGACAUCAUUACAUCACCGGCUGCCGAUGGGUGAUCAAGGCUUUAUUGACUUUGUUGCUUAUCUUCUUGAAGUAAACCCAAAGAAACGACCAAGUGCCUCGGAGGCUCUGCAACAUCCAUGGCUUUCCUAUCCUUAUGAGCCAAUAUCAUCUUAAGAGAGAAAUAGUGGCUGCAUGAUCUGCACCGGAGAAAGUCCCAAUUUGCAGUGCAAGCUGAUGUGUAUUUGUGGUGCACGCUAAGCGCAAAAGAAGCCCAAGUAUCAUUCCAUCAGUUUGCUGCUUACUGCGGUGCCUCACGUGCGACAGUAGGAGCCGACUGCCAUUUGGGGUGUAGUUCUGUUGUAAUCUAACUUGUUUGUCUUAAGCCAGAAUGUAGUUGGCAUGCACUAUGUGAUGCCGUUUAUGGAGAAAGCACCAUGUCGUGUUGUAUAUGAUGUGAUUAGUAUGAGGCCUUACGAAAUGUCGCUGGUUUUGUCCCGAGUCUUAAACAUCUGUUCUGCAGUGUUGAUGGCUUGUUUCGAGAAGAUUUUGUGCUAAGAGGAGCUGGGAGCAUGUUUUUUCUUCGAUCUAAUGUGCUCCAAGGGCUGAUGUUCCAACUGUAAGCUCUGCAGCAGGAGUCGUAGGCAAUCUUAGUUUAGAGACGUUUACAUUCUUCAACUAUUUGAUUAGUUCCUUUUACCUUGUUUGUUGUACAUGGAAUUAAUUUUCAUGGAACAUCACAAAUUUAAGGUUUUUUUCUUUACUUUAUAGAA